CAGCUUACAGUCUCACUGCUGAGAGCAACUAAACCUAAACUCGAGUGGAAUUAAGCCGAGCUUUCCCGUUUCUGACUUUUUUGCGGAUAUCCUGACGCAAAGGAUACUCAGAACCAUGCCUGUGUCCAGAAUGCGCAUGCGACCUUGGCUGGAGGACAAGAUUGACUCCAACUCAAUCGCCGGACUCGUCUGGGUGGACAAGGAGCAGAAAAUGUUCUCCAUUCCGUGGAAGCACGCCGCGCGCCACGGAUGGGAGAUGGACAAAGACGCCUGUCUGUUCAAACAGUGGGCCAUCCAUACAGGCAAAUUCAAGCCAGGAGUGACCGAUCCUGACCCCAAAACCUGGAAGGCCAAUUUCCGUUGUGCCAUGAACUCCCUGCCAGACAUUGAAGAAGUGAAGGACAAAAGCAUCAACAAAGGCUGCGAGGCCGUGCGAGUGUACCGCAUGCUGCAGGUUGUGAAGAACAAAAGCAAGCGGUCACCAAGCACUGCAGAUGGCAGGAGGAAGAGAAAGGCGGCGAAGGUAAAGACAGAGAAAAUGGACGUGGAGGAGACAUCAACUGAAGGGCCAACUUACAAGCAGAAAGAGAUGAGGACUCAGGAGAACACAGUGGACAGCACUGAAAACUUGAACACAGCUACCUCCACUUAUGAUGUGCCUGACUGUUCUGGUUACGAAGUGGAAAUCGGCCCUGACAGCACAAACGACUUCACAAGCAGGUUCCAGGUUUCGCCCGCUCACUCAACAGACUACGAGGAGAAACAAGCCAUUGUUGAGAUUACACGGCAAUUGGAACUUGAUAGUUCGCAGUGGCUUCAAAGCAAUAGCAGCGGAAAGGGGUUCCUGUGCAAUGAAGUAGGCAUGACAGAAUCUUUCCACAGUCCAGAGAGCCAGUGGAGUGAUAACUCAGGAGAGGAGCUAGAGCUGCGGUUUUACACAGAACUAAGCUCGGGUUUGCCCAGUGAAGACAUGCUAAGCUACACAGACAUGUGGAACAGCAACCAGUACACCAACAGCUUCCCACAGAUCAGCUGCCUUCUCUGAGACGGCUGGACACUCAGUUUGAACAUUCUUCAUCUUACCUCAUGGUCUAGGUAUAAAAAAAAAAAAAGACAUUUUACCUUCCACCAAC